UUUAAGGCUUUUAACCUCUAGGGCAAAUAUUUUAUGAGUUUCAUAAGUCACAAUCUUACUUGUUUUCCCAAUUGUUUACAGUGUUGCAGCUUAUGCAAGGCUCUCUCUCUUCUUCUGCUCUUUCCCUCUCUCUCUGUCUCUGCAUAUUCCAAGAAUAAAUGGGCAGGCCUGUGGUUUUGGUAGUAGGUGGGAGCGGCUAUCUUGGCCAACAUCUGUUGCAGGAAAUGAUAGAAAUGCAAGGAAAUAAUCCCUUUAAUGUGGGUUUCACGUAUAACUCGAACCCCCAAUGUUUCGAUUCUAUGAAACCCAUGUUCCAAUCCUUUCGCGUUGAUUUACAAACUGGACAAGGCCUGGAUUCGAUCUCCACCACAUUGGGUGAGCCUGAUGUGGUCAUAAAUUGUGCUGCAAUCUCAGUACCUCGUGCUUGUGAAACCAACCCUACAGCUGCUUUGGCUAUUAAUGUACCUUCCCGUCUUGUGAAGUGGUUAUCAAGCUUCGAUAAAGCCAGCCCUCUCCUAAUUCAUCUAUCAACUGACCAAGUCUAUGAAGGGGUGAAAUCAUUCUACAAAGAAGAGGAUGAAACGGUUCCAGUAAACAUGUAUGGAAAAUUAAAGGUGAAAGCAGAGCAAUUUAUUUCUUCAAAUUGCUCAAACUUUGCAAUUUUGAGGAGUAGUAUCAUCUAUGGGCCGGAGACAAUGUCCCCUAUACCCAAAUCUCUUCCAAUCCAGUGGAUUGACAGUGUUCUUUCUCAAGGCCGAGAAGUUGAAUUCUUUCAUGAUGAAUAUCGAUGUCCGGUGUACAUCAAGGAUGUUGUGAGGACUAUACUUGCUUUAACUAAUAUGUGGCUUACUGAUGAGAGAGAAAUGCAGUUGGUUUUAAAUGUUGGGGGCCCGGAUAGGCUUUCACGCUUGGAAAUGGCAGAGGUGGUGGCAAAAAUACGUUGUUACGAUUCCUCAAAAAUUAAGUCUAUCUCUGCAUCAUUGAUGAAUCGUGGUGUGAUCUCCCCUGCUGAUAUAUCUAUGGACAUUAGCAAGUUAAAUCGAGUUCUCGGCAUUUCGCCAACACCAUUUGAAGAUGGCGUAACAUUGACUCUUGGUGCCAACUAAAUUUUUUAUCUUAAUAAUUUCAUUCCUUUUUUCUUUUAUUUAUUUCCAUUUUCUUUGAUGUGUUCCUUGGAUAUAUGUAUUAUUUUCCAAAAAAAUUAUACUGACUCCUAAUUUUGCU